CUAUCCCUCCGCCCUCCUCGGUUACCCCGGGAACAAUGCACGCGCUCCUUAUUGUGGCUAGCUGGUAGCACUAGCUAGCUAAGCUCAUAUAUGCAAGCAGGCAGGAUGGACAUCACCGAUAGAAUGGAAGUGGAGGGCUGGGACUCUAACAUGGAGGAAGAGCUGGGCAUUUCUCUGGAUGAGCUGAAGAAGUGGAUUGAUGAUGCAGUGGAGAAGAGUGAGAUGGUGCAGAAGAAAAAGGCUCAACUGACAGAGCUUAAGGAAUGGGUGGAACAGAAAGAAGAAGAGGAGGCGAGGACAGGAGGUCUUCUCAACGAUACCAACAAGUCCAUAUUAGAGUGUGAGAAGCUCGUGAAGGCAACUUACUAUAAGAACGGUCUUGUUUACCAAGAGAGCAGCUCAGAGGAGGAGGGGGGCGUAGGAGACUUCCUGUCCUCUGAGGUCAUCGAGAUAGACGACGAUGAUGACGAUGAUGUUAUUGCUGUUGGUUGUCUGGUUCCUCCAAAGAAGACUGGCACUCCUGGCAAAGAUCCAGCGUUAAAUGAGGCCUCCACAGCACUACAGAAAACAUCCCAGCAGGUGCAGAAGUUAGUCCAAAUGGUCAGCAAGCCAUCAACAGGUGCUCCAUUGCUUCGAUCGCCAUCAAAGCCUCCAUCACAGUCAGGUAGUCAUGCUUCAGUGCCGGCCGUGUUUGUAUCCCAGGUCCAGUCUCAGUCCAUGACCCAGCCGAACCCAAACGUGACAGAAGAUGAGCUUAAAGUCGGGAUGAUGAUUUUGGGAAAGAAACGCACCAAGACCUGGCACAGAGGUGCCCUCGUUGCCAUCAGCCCUGUCGGGAACAGUAUAUUCAAGUAUAAAGUUAAGUUUGAUAAAGGAAAGAGUCUGCUGUCUGGAAAUCAUGUGGCUUUUGAGUAUAACCCCACCCUGGAGAUCCUGUAUGUCGGGGCUCGUGUUGUCGCCAAGUACAAGGACGGCAACCUGGUGUGGCUCUAUGCUGGAAUCGUAGCAGAGAUGCCCAACAACAAGAACCGCAUGAGGUUUUUGAUCUUCUUUGAUGAUGGCUAUGCUUCAUAUGUGACACUACCUGACCUCCACCCAGUUUGCAGACCAUUAAAGCGUACCUGGGAGGACAUCGAGGAUGCAUCGUGUCGCGACUUCAUUGAGGAGUACAUCACUGCAUAUCCCAGCAGGCCUAUGGUGCUCCUCAAGGUUGGACAGAUCAUCAAGACAGAGUGGGAGGGAACCUGGUGGAAGAGCAAGGUGGAAGAGGUGGAUGGAAGCUUGGUCAAGAUCCUCUUUUUGGAUGACAAGAGGAGUGAGUGGAUUUAUAGAGGCUCUACCAGGUUGGAGCCAAUGUUCAACCUGAAGAUGACCACUGCCAACACCCAGGAGAAGAAGCUGGCUGGCCAGCAGAGGACACGACCUAACAUGGGGGCGUUGAGGAGUAAAGGUCCAGUAGUUCAAUACACCAGUGAUGGGCAUGUUGGAGCCUCUCCUGCCAAAACGCAGCAAGGCUCACCCAGCCAGCCAUCACAGACACCACAACUACAGCGUCCUCUGCAGCGUCCUCCGCCCCUACAGACCCCACAGAUCCUUCAAAUCCAACAGAUCCAACAGCCCCAACAGCUCCAACAGCCCCAACAGAUCCAUCAAAUCCAACAGCCCCAACAGAUCCAUCAAAUCCAACAGAUGCAACAGAUGCAACAGAUGCAACAGAUCCAACAGCCCCAACUGAUCCAACAGAUCCAACAGCCCCAACAGCCCCAACAGCCCCAACAGCCCCAACAGCCCCAACAGCCCCAACAGCUCCAACAGCCCCAACAGAUCCAGCAGAUCCAUCAAAUCCAGCAGAUCCAUCAAAUCCAGCAGAUCCAACAGAUGAUUCAGCCUUCACAGCCUCCACGUGUUGACAAUAAACAUCAGAUGGCAAAGAAGAGUACUUCUGCCUUUGUCCCAGGGGUGGGAGGCACUCAUGCCUCGAAAAUCAUGAUGCAGUCUCUUUCUCCCAGUCCCAGUGACCUCACUAGUGCAAGAAUUCUGAGUGUCCAAAGUACUGCUUCACCUGCUUUCACACAGUCGUAUCAAAGACUGCCCACUCUGGCUGUCGCAACCCCUCCUGUGGCCCACACGAUGGCCACCGUCCCACAUCAGCCCUCAUACCGUGCCCCGACGGACCGCAUCUUCUACCUUGCACACACUUGUCAGCUAGCGUGUCUGAAUCGUGUCCGACCUGCAAAGUCAGACAUGCACCGAGGAAAGAACCCCCUCCUCACACCGUUACUGUACGAUUUCAGACGCAUGACAGGAAGACGAAAAGUCAACCGCAAGAUGUCCUUCCACGUGAUCUACAAGGCUCCGUGUGGUCUUUGCCUGCGCAACAUGGCAGAGAUCCAGCACUACCUCUUCCAGACACGCUGUGACUUUAUAUUCUUAGAGAUGUUCUGUCUCGACCCCUAUGUGCUCGUGGACCGUCCAUUUCAGCCGCAGAGGCCGUUCUAUUACAUUCCCGACAUCACGAGUGGAAAAGAGGACAUCCCGCUCUCCUGCGUCAACGAGAUUGAUUCCACCCCGCCUCCUAAAGUAGCUUACAGUAAAGAGCGUAUUCCUGAAGAUGGAGUAUACAUCAACACCAGUCCAGACUUCCUGGUUGGAUGCGACUGCACAGACGGCUGUCGCGACAAGUCCAAGUGCUCUUGCCACCAGCUGACCCUUCAGGCUACAGGUUGUACACCAGGGGCACAGAUCAAUCCAAAUGCUGGUUUUUCGCACAAACGAUUAGAGGAGUGCCUCCCAACAGGGAUCUACGAGUGUAACAAGCGGUGCAAAUGCUGUAGUCAGAUGUGCACCAACCGGUUGGUGCAACAUGGCCUGCAGGUGCGCCUCCAGCUCUUCAAGACCCAGAACAAAGGCUGGGGCAUCCGCUGUCUGGAUGACGUGGCCAAGGGCUCUUUUGUCUGCAUCUAUGCUGGUAAAAUCUUGACCGACGACUUUGCCGACAGAGAAGGUCUAGAGAUGGGCGACGAGUAUUUCGCCAAUCUGGACCACAUAGAGAGUGUGGAGAACUUCAAAGAGGGCUACGAGAGCGAGGCUCACUGUUCGGACAGCGAGGGCAGCGGCGUGGACGUGUCGAGAAUAAAAAUCCAACCAUCUGCUUUAGUAUCAGCUCACCCUAUUGGGAGACAGCCCAAAAAGUGUGAGUCCAAGUCCAAAGCCCAAAACCCAAGCUCAUCAGGGGACAGCAACGAAGACGACGACAAGGAUUCAAAGAGCGAAGAGGAAAGUGACAGUUCCGAUGACACGUUUGUGAAGGACAACUAUUUCAGCUCCAGCUCUGUGUGGAGGAGUUACACCACACGUGGUCAGGUCAAGGGCAACAAGGAAGGGAGUCAAGACAGUAAAGAUGGAUUGAGCGCGUCAGCCAGAGGAACUGAUGACGAUAAGCCGCCGUCCAUGCCAGAAGAGACGGGCAAAAGCAAAGUGGCUUCCUGGCUCACCAGCCAGGGGCUGAAGAAGGAAUCUGGAGACGGCAAGAGUCAAGUGAAGUCCGAACCGGGGAAGAAGCAGGACGUGAUGACUCUCUCUGACAGCGAUGAGGUUCAGACCAUCAGCUCUGGAUCUGAUGACAACAAGGAGAGAGAAAAAGUUACCCUGGGUGUGACUAAGAAGCAGGUAGCAGUGAAAUCAACGCGUGGCAUCGCUCUCAAGAGCGGCCACGGGAUGAUGGUGAAAACGGGUACACCUGGAGGCGGGGGAGGGCCAGGAGGCCAGGCCGGAAAAACAGGACAGCAGGGUCAGACCGGAGGAGGUGGGGAUUACGCUCCCAAAAACACCCGCCUGUUCUUUGACGGUGAAGAGUCCUGCUACAUCAUUGAUGCCAAGUUGGAAGGAAACCUUGGACGUUACCUCAAUCACAGCUGUAGUCCGAACCUCUUCGUCCAGAAUGUGUUUGUGGACACACACGACUUGAGGUUUCCCUGGGUGGCGUUCUUUGCCAGCAAGCGGAUCCGUGCCGGCACAGAGCUGACCUGGGACUACAACUACGAGGUGGGCAGCGUGGAGGGGAAGGUGCUGCUCUGCUGCUGCGGGUCCACGGAGUGCAGAGGAAGACUGCUGUGAUCUGCAGCCAUCACUGACUUCACUGCCUUCACUGUAUCUGUAGGACCCUUAAAGGAUCCCUUUUAGCACCCGGCUGUUUAUUUUUAAGUUGAGCAUUGUCUUUUAUUACAGUUGUUAUGUUGCCUUUAUUUUAUAUGACCGUGUUUCCUGUUUUGUCUCAUUUUAUCCAUGAUGUUUUUCUUUACAUUUGAAUAAAAUGCUGUUUCCUUCAAGGAGUCAAAGCUCCCACAGCUUGUUCUUUUGUGGAAAACAAGUAGUCCAUACAAAGAAAAAAGAUAAAUGAUACAAUCUCAA